GCGGUCACGUGACUUUUGGUUGGGAGCCACCAUUUUGGCAGUCAACAUGACCACCGGUGCCAGUGUUUUCUUACCGAGCGAGUAUACUUCUCAUUUUAAUUCAAGUGAAAUUCGGCUUUAUAGUACAAAAUUAGAGAGAUUAAAUAUAAGCGACCCAUAUAAUUCACCCGGUGUGCUUUUCAAGAGCAUAACCUCCUGCUCUGAAGACGAUGUACCCGACUUGCGCUACGCAGACAUCCACAGCUAUCUUGUAAGCUUUCCAUCAGUGUACUCAGGAGACUCCCUCAGAGCGUACAAAAGCUUGGAGGCUUACAAAUGGUGUCAGUCCGGCUUCGUAAACAACAUUCAACUGUGGAGUCUUACAUCCAAAAACUUCGGCAUCAUCACUGCAAGGGUUAAUCACUCCCAAAGGCUUAAUGAAAGUCAACUAAAGCCAUGGGUGGUGGUGAGGAACGACGGUGUUGUGCUGGGAGCCCACUGCAACUGCACAGCGGGACUCGGGGAGAGCUGCUCUCAUGUGUCAGCUGUUCUCUUCAGUCUGUGGGGAAAAAACAACGCAAGGCACGAGGAGAUCAGCUGCACAUCCAAAAAAUGCAAGUGGGCCUCUCCCAGUGAGGAUGCUGCGAAGAAUGUGGAGUACCUGCAGGGCAAGGACAUCAUAUUCAACCAUACUCAACAAAAUAAAAAGGGGAAUUCCACCAAGGGUACCUCUGCGCCCCCAUCUUUCCCACCCCUGACUGCUGCUGAGCAAACACAGUUCUACCAAAAUCUCUCACAGUGCCGGACUCAAGAUGGGAAGUCCUGCAGACCUGCAGUCCUGUCAGUUGUUCGCGGGUACGCCACAUCCUAUGUACCCAAGGCUGUCAAGCUAGAUUUACCUGAACCCCUUACCAGUCUGUAUGACAAGAAGGCAAGAGACCUGAACCUGGCUGAAUUACAAGAGCGUGCAGAAGGAAUAUUUGAGGACUUGACUGUCAGUGAGACAGUGAGAAAAGAAGUCACAAGAAACAAGUGAGAAGCGAAUCAAAAAGGUUUAUUUUCUGUUGACGCACAAAUUCAUCACUCAAAGGGCACCACAGAAUCAGGUACAUUUGUUAGUCCACAACAUACACUCACAAUUUUAUCAAGAUAAGUAACAUCAUUUUCUUUCUCUAUGUCUGUGAAAGUUAUUGGCACAGUGCUUUGUAAGAUAGUAUAUUUCUGACGAAGUACUCCUAUGACUCUUUCGAUGUGAAUCCUUAAAGAGGCUAGAGAUCUUGUAUUCUCUAUGUCAGCAGGAUCUAACUGUGUUUUUCCACGAGUAAAUGCUGGAAUUUUUAAUUCAGCCUGACACCUUUCAACAGACUCUUUCACCAGAAACCCCCUGUCUGCCAAAACAACAUCCCCUGGGAGAAUAUUAGGUAAAAAAGUACUGUGUUCUGUAAUGAACUUAUCACUGGUGCGACCUCCCCAUCCAGUAGAAAUGAAACAAAUUGAACCUUGAGGGCAAAUGGCAAUUAAAUAUUUCAUGGUGUGAUGUGAUUUGUAUCUUGAGUAACACUGCGCACUGGGUCGCAAUCUACUUGGUUUCUCUAGAAAUAUUUCAAAGCAAUCAAUGAUACAAACAGUCUUCUCGUAGUCACCAUUUCUAAAUACAUAUGGAAGAGAUGUUCUUAAAGAUUCUCUUUCAGGCCACACCACUAGGCUUGGCACCAGUCUACAAUACAUCAAAUUAACACAGUUUUUGAAGUGCCUGGAGACAGUAGUUGGGUCGAUGCCAAAAUAAAAACCCAAAAAGUCAAAUGUUAAGUUCAUUCGAAGCUUCAUCAAAGUCAACAUGUAUUGUUGAAAACAUGUUAUUGAUGAUUUAACUUUGAGAAAUGGAGCCAGAUAUUGAAAAAUGGUCAUGAGACAUGCAUAGGUUGCCAGCCCAGUGAGGACAUUCACCUUUUUAUCAUUGUUAUUUAAACUAAUCUCUGUCAGGGUCUUCCUAUUAAUCUUUUCCCUUAACAACACAUUUUCAGCCCUUAGAGCUUGGCAUUCUUGCUCAAGACUCUGGAUGCGGGUACAGCAGGUUUCAGAGGUGCAUGGUGGUGUUACUGGUUCAG